GAGGAGGAGGAGGAACUACGGGUGGAAAAAAAAGUUAAAGUGAAAAUGGCUUCCUUGUCUUUGGAGUCCACAGAACAAUCUGAGAACAGCACAGGGGAGCCAGCGGGGUCGGAGACCAAAGAAGAGAAAGAUCCGCUCCAAAUUUCGGAACAACUGCUCCAAAGUUUCCAAAAGUCGGCGCUGAGUUUUUCCACUGACCAGGUCUCAUGUCUGUGCGAGGCCCUUCUGCAGGCGGGCAAUGUGGAUCGCCUGUGGAGAUUUCUCUCCACUAUACCUCCUUCGUCCGAGCUGCUACGUGGCAACGAGACCCUGCUAAAGGCCCAGGCACUGGUGGCUUUCCACCGGGAGGAAUUCAAGGAGCUGUACGCCAUCCUGGAAAGCCACAACUUCCACCCGUCUAACCACGGGUUCCUGCAGGACCUGUACCUCAAAGCCCGCUACAAGGAGGCGGAGAGGUCCCGGGGCCGUAGCCUGGGCGCAGUGGACAAGUACCGGCUCAGAAAGAAGUUCCCCCUACCCAAAACCAUCUGGGACGGAGAAGAGACCGUGUACUGCUUCAAAGAGAAGUCCCGCAAUGCCCUGAAAGAGUGCUACAAGAGCAACAGGUAUCCGACUCCGGACGAGAAGAAAAACCUGGCCAAAAUCACCGGGCUAUCCCUCACGCAGGUCAGCAACUGGUUCAAGAACCGCAGGCAGAGGGACAGGACCCCGUCCGGGACCCACAGCAAAAGUGAGUCCGAUGGGAACCACAGCACUGAGGAUGAGGCGAGUGCGAUGGACGACACUCCCGACAAACCCGACGAGGCUGCCGGCUCCACAGCUUCCAUCAUCUCUGUCUCUGCGGUCCCGUCCAGCACUGGAGGCCAGCUCAUCCUCAACGGGUCCAGCGGCUUCCUCACCGCCUCUCUGCUCAAUGGCAACUCCCUGAUCUCCAGCAGUGGUGCUGGUGUUAUAAUUAAUGGGAUAAAUUUAGGUGAUUGCCAGACCUUAACACAAAACCACCAACGCCAGGACUCCCUCCCCCUCCCAGCGUCUCUGUCAUCUGCAGGCAUGCUUGUCUCCAGUUCUGCAGGGGAGCAAGGGGAGUAUAGCAUCUCUGCUACUGCUCCCUCUACCAGCCUCAACCCUCCUAGCUCUGUGAUUUCAACCAGCAACUGCACCCCUCAGGUUUUCUCUCUGCCCCAGGUUGUGCCUUCCAUCCAGGGUAUACCAGUAUCUCACCUGGUUCAGCACUCUUCGGGAGCCCAGGUAUCCCAGUGCCCUCAGCUGGUCCCAGUAUCCCCCCUCACCUCACCAGCGCCUCAAUUUCAAACCCCUCAGACUCUGAACACAGGAAACAGACUGGCACAGCAGCAACAGGAAGCCUCGGCAGCUAUGUCUGAAGGUGCCACAACCAUAGUUUCCAUCUCACCGCUCAACAACAGCCAGCUCCCUCAGCACGUGAUGCAACAACUGGGGGAGCAGACCACAAACUGUACACCCAGCAAAAUCCAGACACCGCAGGUUAUUUCCAUCUCUUCCCCAACACAAGUCGUCCCAGUCCCCCAGGCCAAAGGUGGCACACCGGCACAGCUCGUCCCACUCUCUGUGCCCCAGCUGGUACCAGUCUCCUCCAUCCAAACUUCCUCCACCAUCUCUUUCCCACAGGUGGUACCUGCCAGUCCUUCUAUCUCCAUCCCUUCUGCCCGUCUGCCAUUACAGAUCCUCACUUCAGCUCCUGCAGCUGGAGGGGUCCCACAGGCUCCUCUCAGGUUAAACCAGCUGAGGCCCAUUCAGAGCGUAGCUCCUCCAGCCAGCACGGCCCCUACGGUGCAGCUCCUAAACUCCGGCAUCAUUCAGCUACCCUCUACCCCUCCAGGUAACCUUCUCCUCGGUGGUAGCCCCUACCUGAGUGUCCAGCAAGGCAAGCUGAUUCUGACCAUCCCAGCAGGCAUUCAGCUCACCAGUUUGCCCCUGAAACCAGUCCCUGACGCUUCCACCAUCUCUACAAAUGGAGUGCUCCCCAUUCUUAACCCUUCUACCUUUCCCGUAGUCUCACAGCCUUCAACACCAACGCCCAGCAGCCUCGCCGCAUCAUCUCCCCUGAACUUCAUCAGCUCAUCUCCACCAUACUGUGCUCAAGAGACUCCCAUCCAAACCAGCCAAGUGCACGCAAUCCCCUCCCCUCACCCGCUGGACCCAACGGCCACCCCGACAACGCAGAAUGCUCUGACUCCAGAAAGCAUGCUCACGCUCAGCCCCAUGUACACUGGAGUGACACCAAAUAGCCAAAUGCCCCAGCCAGUGUGGAGCCCAGUGCCCCUCUCCACUUCAGCCAGUUUAACUCUGUUUGACGUCCGCACCAAGGGGGACCUACCUGUGGACCCAGCCUUGUUGGGUCUACCUGGUGGGGAGUCGCUGCUCCUGGGCAGCCCCUCUCCAGAGCAGGAUGUGGAAGCCAGCUCGCCACUUGGGAAUCCAGAGGAAAUCGAUGGAGAAUCAAAAAUCCUUACUCAGCUUCAGUCUGUCCCUGUGGAUGACGAGCUGGGCUUAUAGUUUUUAAAACUGGUUCAACACCACAGAUCUGUUUGUCUUGUUUGGAUGACUUGAAACAUUUUUAUCCCACAUCAUGCAUCAUAUAAGAUCACCAUAUUUUUUUUAUAACCUACAGCAGCAAUUCUCACUCAGCAGACCAGAUGCCAUUGUGGUGCUAGCUGGAAAUUUUCCAGCUCUCUUUAUUAUGAAUGGGAUUAUUCACCUGCUGGUUCAAUUACUCCUCUCAGUUUGGAUUAAGAUUUUUUUAUUUUAUUUUUUACUAAAAUCAGUA